AUGACACCUAUUAUAACCAUUACAUUCAUUAUAACUGUUGUAUUUAUUACAUCUAUUACACCUAUUACAACUAUUACACCUAUUACAACUAUUACACCCAUUACAGCUAUUACAGCUAUUAUGACAAUUACAGCUGUUACAACUAUUACACUCAUUACAACUAUUACAGCUAUUAUGACAAUUACAGCUAUUAUGAUUAUUACACUCUUUACAGCAAAAAAUUACAACUUUAAGUCAAAGG